GUGUGUGUGUGUGCUUUUAAGACAGAGAAAGAAACAAAAAGAUGGGAAGGGGGAAGGUUGAGCUGAAGAGAAUAGAGAACAAAAUUAACAGGCAGGUCACAUUUGCCAAGAGAAGAAAUGGUUUGCUCAAGAAGGCUUAUGAGCUCUCAGUCCUUUGUGAUGCUGAGGUUGCCCUCAUCAUCUUCUCCAGCCGUGGCAAACUCUAUGAGUUCAGCAGUACCUCCAGCAUGAUGAAAACACUGGAGAAGUACCAGAAGUACAGUUACAAUGCACUAGAGACCAGCCGACCAAUAAAUGACGCUCAGAAUUACCAGGAAUAUGUGAGAUUAAAAGCAAAGGUAGAAGUCCUGCAACGUUCACAAAGGAACCUACUUGGGGAAGAUCUUGCUCAAAUGAAUACAACUGAGCUCGAGCAGCUUGAAAAUCAACUAGAGGCAGCACUGAGGAAUAUUAGGUCAACAAAGACUCAAUUCAUGCUUGACCAGCUUGCUGAUCUUCACAACCGGGAAACAGUGCUUGUUGAAACUAAUAAUGCGUUAAGGAGUAAGUUGGAAGAAACUAAUAACUCACAAAUUCCAGUGAGACUGGCUUUGGAAGCUGGAGGGCCCAACAUGCAUUAUACUCGCUUUCCUCCUCAAUCAGAGGGUUUUUUUCAGCCUAUGGGAGUGAAUCCCAACUCCCAAAUAGGAUUCAACCUGAGUGGUCAUGAUGAUGCAAACGACGUUGGAGCUUCAUCCUUAAAUAUGCAUGGAUUCGCCUCUGGGUGGAUGCUUUGACGACAUUGAAUUUACAUGC